GCCAGGAGGUGGUUCACUUUAUAUAUUUGCAUUGUAUUUGGGUUCUCUGUACCAAUUCUGGUGUGUUGCCAUUUAAUUUUGUUUGUGUUUCUUUAAUUUCAAUUUAAUUUCUUUGACUGUACAUUUUUUACUUUCGAAAUUAUGAUUUUUCUUCUUCUUCUUCCAAUUUCAACUUUUAUUAUAAACAUCUAAUUCAAGUUGGUUGCCCAUUUAAUUUCUUGGUUCCAUAUAUUAACUCCUAUGAAGAAAAUAAAAAUAAAUAAUGGUUGUUCUGUUGAGUAUUUAAUUUGAUUUCUGUGUAUUAGCCAUUAAACACCUCUCUUGUUCUUUUCCUCCUCCUAUUUAAUAAGCAAUGAAUUGGAUUCCUGCAAAUAUCUACAGAUUUUCUUGUGUAUUUAUUAAAAUACAUUUAAGAAAUUUAAAUUACUGGUUUGAAGUUGAAAAAAGUAAUUAGAAUUCGAUACUCUUGAGGCAAAAAUUAAAUCAAUUAACGCAAUCUGAUAGUAUGUAUCGUCUAGUAGUAGUAUACUUCAAUUCAAUCUUUAUGAUUCUCUCUCUCUCACACAGUCCUUUCUCACUCAUAAUUAAAUUAAGCCUUAAUGAAAAAUCUAUCUAUCUCCUCCUUUAAUUUUCUCUCUGUGUUCUUUCUUGUAUAUAAAGGCCUAAGCUCAAGCAAUCCAACCACCAGUGGUAAUAAGAGAGAAGACUCUUCUUUUUUUUUGGUAGAAGAAGACUCUUCUUUGUGAUACAAGUAACCAGUCUUUGAGAUCACAGAAAACCUCCUUCUCAAACCGUAGGUUUCAAGAUGAGUCGAAGAAGUCCAAAGCUGGAACUGAAGUUGAAUCUCUCGCCGCCUACGUCAAGCCAGAGGAGGAUGGUUCGAUCUCCAAGCCGCUCAGCGACGACUUCACCGACCUCACCUCCAAGCUCAUGCGUCUCGUCGGAGAUGAACCAGGACGAGCCAUCUGUGAGAUACUCGACAAGUCCAGAGACUACCUCGAUGGUUCUUGUCGGAUGUCCUCGUUGUCUCAUGUACGUUAUGCUCUCAGAAGACGACCCUAAAUGCCCUAAAUGCAAAAGCACCGUUCUUCUUGAUUUCCUCCAUGAAAACGCCACAAACGCCAACGCAAACGCAGCCGCUGCUUCCUCUGGUCGCAAGACUCGAAGGAACUGAUGAAGGACCAGUAAAAUCAAAAUCCUGUUCCUUCUUUAUGUUAUUUAUUUUUCUUUCGUUUUUUUGCGAAUGUAGCUGUUGUUUUUAUGAGAGUAGUGCUAAUCACGCUCCACUCUAAAACCCGGAGAAGAAGGUAGGAGAAGGAAAUUAGGGUUUCCCUAUUCAAGAAAAUUUUCAAAAAGAGUGGAGCGCGAAUAGCACUAACUUUUCUUUUUCUUUUCUCUCAACAUUUUUCUACCAUUUGAGUUCUCUAAUGGAAGAAGAAUUUUUAAAUAUAUGUGAAAACAUGUGUCAUUGUCUUCGUAUUCCUCUACUCUAUCUAAUUUCUCAUACUCUGUUUCGGAUGCUCUGUUUCUAGGGCAUCUCUGUUUUUUGGAUGUGUUUGUAAAAAGAAAAUAGAGGUUUUGUGUGUACGACUAUAACAAAAGUAGACAUUCUUAGCGUAGCAGAGAGAUUGCUUACACA